AUGACCAGAGCCGGAUUCUCCAGGCUGCCUCUGCCAGAUAUACCUCUCGAUCAACCGCGUGAAACAGACGCGUCAAUUUCGCCUAGGAGCAAUGACCCGGUCAGUCUAGGAAUGGGUGGACGGGUUGGUGUCGCAGAUACGAUGUCUGGGAUUGUUGAAUCGAAUGAAUCUGAGGGAGUAUCCAGCUAUUUGGGUGAUUCUGGUUACAUUACCAUGUUUGUCCGAGGAGACACAAGUCGUUCUUCAGAGAGCAGCGUUCCGGGCAAGCUGAAAGAAUUGGCGAGGUCGUUACCGAUAGCCGUUCGCGAUCAUCACUUGCAGGUAUUUGAUGAGUAUUGCUUUACUUUCUGCCCCAUUCUUGAUAGGAAUAUUCUGGAAGAUCAUGCAUUCGGCCAAUCACUGCUGCUUGAAAAGGCAUUAACCCUGGUAAGCCGCAGAAUCCAGCCGUCGCUGCUUGAUGGUGAUGAUGCAGCCAUCCUUUAUAAUCAAAGUAAGGACUUGUUUUACAAAUUCUCAGAACCAAGCCCAACUGCUUCACUCAUCUCGAUCAUGCUUUUCUACUGGUGGAGUACAUGUUCUCCAAGCAUGUUGAGUACAAAUGGAACCUGGUACUGGACCGGAAUUGCCAUUCGACAGGCGCAAGAAAUGGGCUUACACCGAUUGCCGAGAACACAUCACUGUCUUUCCCGUGGAGAUACCCCGGCUCUCCGCCGACGAAUAUGGUGGACCUUACCCUGCACUAUCAAUAUCAAGGAUUGCAAUGUCCAAAAGCCUAAGGUCACCGAUUGGCCUGACUCGAAGCGUCGAGAAGCCGAUAUCUUCAUCCAAUGGGUCAAGCUUUGUGAGAUAGUUGGCCAUGUGGCGAAGCAUCUCAGACGCCAUCCUGAAGCUAAGGGCAAGGCCCGGGAUCUUUUAGAUGACUUGAGGGUCUGGAUUGCAAACCUACCCGAAGAUCUCCGGCUGCCAUAUUUUGAAGGCUCUCCCUCCAAUUUCGAUCGAGACAUCUGCCAAUUACAUCUCCCAUACCUAUGUUGUCUCAUCUUGCUCGACCUAAGAAAGUCAUCACAACAGGACUUGGGAGUUGACAUUGUGGCAAUUCUUGCCUCUUCUUGUGUUUCCAGGAUCUUUGAGGACUUAUUGAUUCGAGGAUCUUUGCGCUUUUUACAGGGUAUGGCUGGCUGGUACAUCACUAUCUCUUUACUUGCCUUGAUUCGAGCAAAGGAAAUUCCUAUCUUCGCGAUUACCACACACGAGCCUAUCAGAGUGCUUCGCGUGGCAUUGAAGGACAUGGCUGGGCGCUGGCCAUCGGCGAAAAUGUUUCACCAUGGUAUUGAGCACCUAAUGAGCUCUCCGUGUGGGGAUAGACCCGAUGAUAGAACAAGACAGACGGAAGAACAAGAUACACAGGAGCUGCGCCAAUUGGAAAAGCUAGACAGCUUUCGUUAUCAAAGUCAGAGUCAGUUGGACCCAAAUACACUGACCGCGGAGGCUGUGCAAAAUUCCCUCGACUUUUUUCCAGGUGCAAAUCCCGAAACUACACCCUUUUUUAAAGAAAUGCUCUCUUUGACCGAUCCCGUGGGUCUUCCACUCACUUCCGAUGAAUUCAAUCAAGCGCUGUUGGAUUUAUUUGAGAACUCCUUUGACGGCAUACCCAUCGACUUCCGAUGA